AUUAACCAAACAUGCCCUUAAAAAAUAUUUUCAACAAAACAUGCCAUGAUCUCUCCUUGCCAAACAGUUCUAUAGCAGCACACCUUUGCAGCGACACAUAACGUGUCGAUCUGUCGAGACGCCGCCGGUUAGGAGCCGGCCACCGCAGCUAUUGACUCGAGACUGCCGGUUGGUGAUUGUCUCCUUUAUCUUCCUUCCAUCAGUAAAUUCUAGUCGUAUGUUUUCCCGGCGGUGUUCAGGUUGAAAACAACACAUUAUCAAAUUCCCAAGCACAUACCAAACAGAAUCAUCAGCUCGGUGUUAGCGGAUAUGGAGUCUGUGACGAUGGGCACUCAGCAAAACAGGAAUCAGAUUCAGCCCGAGCAGCCGCUUCACCAAAUGGAUACGGAUGAAGAUGACGAAACAGUGAAGCAACUCCAAGAAUGCUCUGUACAUUACCUUGCCUUACAGGAUUGCCUUGUUGAAAACAACCGCAGCUGGAAAUCUUGCCAAAAUGUAGUUCAAGCUUUGAAGGCUUGCAAUGAGAAGAGAAAUAGCAAGAAGGGGAGUUAGUUGAUUGCUAAGAAACAUUUUCUUUUUCAUUUUCAAUGCUAAUGAGCAAUGAAUAAUAAUGUUGAUAAUAGAAACCGUUUUCGUGCAUCGUCGCUUCUCAAAUGUUGCAUGGAUUAUUAU